UUUUCUUUUUGCAAUGAUUGCUAAAAAGAGCCAUUGUGACAGACAAAACAGACUCAUAUAUAUGUAUUGUAUUCACAGCUUUGCGUAUACUGUCUUGGUUAGGUAUUUGACCCCACACGAUCUUAAGAGAGAGGAGACAGUGAUUCAGGCUGGCAUUCCGCCUGCUUCCACUCCCACAUUUUUCCUUCUUUUCUGACUCCACACCCUCUAGAUUUCACAAUAAUGGCCGCAUGCUGGACGUCUUCCAAAGGCUCACAGCCAAGGAGGGGACUUACUUCCUACCUCAAGACUUGGAGCUGUCCAAUCAGGAGCUUAGCUACAUCAUCAAGAAGGCAGAGCAAUGGAGGGGCUUUAACGGCGAGAGGCGCAAGGUGGCAGUCUAUGACUAUAUCUGGACAGCAGAGGACCCAUUGGCUGGUUCUGCAACCCCCGUAGAUGACCCACAUAGGAAGCCCUCUCCCCUACCACAGGGGGAGACCAGCACCCACGUGGCCAUCUACACGCUCUACGUAAGCGGGCUCAAGCAAAGAUACAGACAUUUCCUCCGACAACCAGAUGGGGCCAUCAUUGAGGUGAUUGGCGACCUGGAAGGCUUAGACAAUGCAACCAGGAUGACACCCUUUGCAGGCCAGCGAUCAGGACCUCGGAGGAUGGCUCAGGACAGCUCAGACGUCACCCACCAGCUACGGAAAAGACAUAAGCUUUUUGGACGGUGCCCUCGUGUUGAGCCAGAAGGAGGAAGCAGGUAUGACUCCAGUUAAGCACAAGACCCCAACCAAUAAGAACAAAGCAAGGGGCCAAAAGGUUUGAACACUAAACUACUGUCAUAUAACAACUGUCACUUUGACUCAGGGUGCGAGGUAUAUGUUGAGCUUUGUCAGUAUUUAUCAAUUUAUCCAUCCAUCCUUCUUCUAUAGUGUUUUUCCUCGUAAGGGUCAUGGGAGAGAUGGAGCUUGUGAGAGCUGUCAUUGGGCAAACAUUGAUACAACCUAACAACUAUAGACUAUUUACAGUCUUCAAUGUUUUAUGUUUUUGGCAUGUUGGAGGAAGCUGGACGACCCGCAGAAAACCGACACAAACAAAGAGAACAUGCAGACUCCGCACAAGAGCCGAGCUGUUUACCCAGAACCUCUCAACUGCGUGGCAGAUAUGCUAACCAUUACUCCACCGUAAUGCCUAUAUAAGACUGUCACCAUAAAAGUAUAACGGGAUGGCACCUCCCACCAAAUAACCUUAAUUUUACUGAAAAUUAAGGAGAACAAAAAUGUUCUCAUAAUCCUGGAAUUCAUAAAAAAAAAUACUAUUAGUAACUAUUAGAGCUACGAACGAGUGCUUCAUAAGUCGAGUCAAUUUUCGCGUUAAAAAAAACAACAAACGCUGAGUCAGAAUUUUCGCAUUUGAUUCAGAUGAGUCAAUGUACUUUUCUUAUUCUGAGAAGCGCUGCAAUGCUUCCGUAAUUUAAUUAGGUCAUUAAUUGACUCUUUUAAAAUGGAACUCAGGUGAACGCUCCCAUUGAUUCCAGCGUAACUCGAACUUUCAGCUUGUUUGGAAGCAAUGUUUUGACACUUGAAUGAAUGAAAUGUCGAAUCAACAGAUACUUCGAGAUAGCAAUGAUAAUUAUACGUUAAAACCAGAAAUUAAAUCCAAUUACAAGUAGAAGAUGCAAAUUUGAUGAAAACUUGUGAAUGCAACUAGGCAAUAACUAAUGUAAAAGUUACUGAUCUCAAAUUAAGUGAUAAAACAUCACUAUCGGCUUCCCAAGCGGGAUAAUAUUCCAGCCAUCUUGAUUUGUAUUGAAUACGUGUCUGCUAGUCGGUGCUUAGUGUAAUGUAGUGGCUCACAAAUCAGGCCAUAAUGGCCGGCUACUUACACAUAUUGCUUAAUUAAAGGCUGGGAGCUUAUUAGCAUGUGUCCCAGCCGUGGUGCACCGGGAUGAUAGGGAUCAGGCGCAGAUGUCGUAGAGGGCCAGCCUUUAAAGAUUUUAUAGAUUGCUAAUCUGCCGUGCUAAACUAAAGUCAAGGUGUAAUAACCGGACAGUUCUAUUAAUUCCUUAUGGUGAGCCAUUACAUAUAAGGGCCAUUUUGGAUAUGUUUGCAUGGACACACUUCUUUGGCCUGACAGUUGCUCGUUGUCUAAUUUUCAGCCUUCAAUGUAUUGACACGUGAAUAAACACAAAUUCAACAGCAGAAUCACGCAUAAAAGUGGUGUGGGUAAAAUGGUGUUCGGGCAUCGCCAAGCGUCCAAUCACAAUGCGGUAAUAUCUUCUGUUAUGCUUCUUGCUGUGAGCAGCACAAUGCCAAAACAACAUUUCUCAGAAUUCCUACGCUAAUACAAACCCCAAUUCCAAUGAAGUUGGGAUUUCGUGUGGAACGUAAAUAAAAACAGAAUACAAUGAUUUGUAAAUCCUUUUCAACCUAUAUUCUAUUGAAUACGGUACAAAGACAAGAUAUUUAAUGUUCAAAGUGAUGAAAGUUGUUGUUUUUUUGCAAAUAUUUUCUCAUUUUGAAUUUGAUGCCUGCAACAUGUUCCAAAAAAUUCCAGGACAACAAAAGGCUGGAGGUUGGGGAAUGCUAAAAAAAAAAAAAAACACUUGUUUGAAACAGGUUAAUUGGAAACAGGUGAGUGUCAUGAUUGAAUAAAAAAAAAAAAAAAAAAAAAAGAUCAUCCCCGAAAAGACUCAGUUGUUCACAAGCAAGGAUUGGGAGAGGUUCGCCACUUUGUGAGCAACUGCGUGAUCAAAUAGGCAACUUGCACAUCUGUGAAGAGACCAUUCAUGCUAAAAGGUACACAUAGAUUUUGGAGCAACAUAUGCUGCCAUCCAAGCAACGUCUUUUUCAUGGACAUCCCUGCUUAUUUCAGCAAGACAAUGGCAAACCACAUUCUGCACGUGCUACAACAGAGUGGCUUCGUUGUAAAAGAGUGUGAGUACUAGAUUGGACUGCCAGCAGUCCAGACCUGUCUCUCCUUGAAAAUGUGUGGUGCAUCAUGAAGCACAAAAUACGACAAUGGAGAUUCCGGACUGUUGAGCAACUGAUGUUGUACAUAAAAAAGAAUUAUACCUACAAAGCUUCAGCAAUUAGUGUCCUCAGUUACCAAACACUUACUGGGUGGUGUUAAAAGGAAAGGUGAUGUAACAUGCCCCUGUCCCAUCUUUUUUGUAAUGUGAUGCAGGCAUCAAAUUCAAAAUGAGUGAAUAUUUGCCACAACAAAAAAAAACAAUAAAGUUUAUCAGUUUGAACAUUUAAAUAUCUCGUCUUUGUAGUGUAUUCAAUUGAACAUAGGUUGAAAAGGAUUUGGAAAUCAUUGUGUUUUCUCCGGGCACUCCGGUUUCCUCCCACAUCCCAAAAACAUGUGUGGUAGGUUGAUUGAAGACUCUAAAUUGCCCGUAGGUGUGAAUGUGAGUGCAAAUGGUUGUUUGUUUAUAUGUGCCCUGCGAUUGGCUGGCAACCAGUUCAUGGUUCCCGCCCGAAGAUAGCUGGGAUAGGCUCGAGCAGCCCGCGACCCUAGUGAGGAGAAGGGGUAAAAGAAAAUGGAUGGAUGGAUGUGUUUUGCUUUUAUUUACAUUUUAUACAAUGUCCCAACUUCACUGAAAUUGGUGUUUGUAUUAUUGCACUCCAACCAACUCAUGAUGAUUCCUUUCCUGGUUUUAAUGGCGCCCAAUAGUGGAUCUAUUUCACAAGACAUUGAACAUCAAUCAAAGACAAACGUGCAGUUUGUUUGGUAUGGGUUAGCUCAUAUUUAUUUAGACAGAAGGCAAAAAGAAAAAGAAAAAGAUGAACGUUCGUGUUCAACAGUAAACGGUGAACAAAAAUGAAAUCCAAAAAGUUGCCGUUUGUAUUUAUUCAUUUGUGUAUUUUUAAAAUUAGACAUAUUGUUGUGCUAGAUAGAAUAACCAUGUUGUAUGUCUUAUAUGUCUAUCUGCUUUGACACAAGCCAGAGCUAAAAAACCCAGACCCCCCCGGCCCAAUUCGAGCACUCACAUUACCAACAUUAAGCAGAGAUACUGCCUCUCACAGGAUAGAUGACAAGAUUCUCUUGCUAGUCUCCAUGUGGCCUAUACCUUCGUCACUCCUCACAUAUCAUUUGUCAUAGCGAUUUAGGUUUUUUUCGCAUUGACACUGCCAGCAUCGCCCUGUUCUCUGCCUCACUGUACUGUUUGUUACUGUUUGGAUUAUGUGCCCUUUUACGAAUACCCACCUGACGCUCUAUCGAGCUAUAUUUUAUGUAUGUCCGUGAUUGAAAAGAUGCCCUAGCAUGGCAUCCAUUACUUUGACAAGACAGGAGAUGGGUGUAAAAACUUAAACAGAUGAGAAAGUCUCAUUUACUUUGAGUAAGUUCAAUGUGAUGACAAGGGACCUUUCUGACAACUCUAUCAUUUUAUUAUAUGAUUAUAAGAUUGCUGUAUUAUUUUUUUAUUGCGCGUAUUAUAUACAUUUUAGUUUAUUAAACAGUAGCUGUGGCGGCACCGUGACCGACUGGUUAGCACGUCUGCCUCCCAGUUCUGAGGACCGGGGUUAAAAUCCCAGCCUCGCCUGUGUGGAGUUUGCAUGUUCUCCCCGUGCCUGCGUGGCUUUUCUCCGGGCACUUCGGUUUCCGCGACCCUUGUGAGGAGAAGCGGUACAGAAAACGGAUGGAAGUAGUAGAUGUGUCUCAUGUUGUAUUUUUAUCUCAUUAAAACGUGGAUUAGAACAUGGAUGUAGUGGUGGAAUUCACAAUGUACUGUAAGCAAAAUAUUCUUAUCUUGCUGAAGUAAGCAGUGCAGUAUUGUUAAUUGCUUUCAUGAGCAAUUUUGAGCACAUUUCAAGAGCUUAUACUGCAACUGACUUUACCCAGAAUAGUGUGCGAGUUGGAAAAUAGUGCACUGCUAGAUUUGAUUGGUAAAAGCAUUUCCAAUAAAGAACAGAAACUUUC